AGUCUGGCUGUCUUUAACCUUGGGUGUGAUACAGCUUGUCUAUUUCUUUGUUACCAUCCCUGAAGUCAUGGCUGUGCCCCGCAUCAACGUAUACUUGGACGUUGUCAGUCCGUUUGGCUACAUUGCCUUUAGCGUAUUGAGAAAUUCGCCCGUAUUUGCCAAAUGCAAUAUCGCUUAUGUCCCCAUCUUUCUGGGCGGUCUCAUGCAUGCAUGCCAGAAUACCGCCCCUAUCACCAUUACAAAUAAAAAUGCGUGGAUUGAAAAGGAACGCAAUCGCUGGGCUCGAUACUUUUCUGUUCCGAUAGUCCAGACGACCCCUGAAGGAUUUCCUCCACGCACGCUGAGCACCCAGCGUGCUCUCUGUGCGGUGUCUCAGAAGUUCCCGGACAAGCUUGUGCCGGCGUUCCAGGCUCUCUAUCAGUGUUUCUGGGUGGAGGGGAAUCCUGACAUUGCAAAGCCUGAAUGCUUUGGUCCGGUGCUUGAAAAGGUGCUUGGAAAGGAGGAGGCGCGGGUGGUUAUGGAAGCGAUGAAUCAUACAGAGACCAAGGCCAUCUUGACUGCCAACACCAAUCGGGCGUUCGACAUUGGUGCCUUUGGCAUCCCGUGGUUUGAGUGCACCAAUGCCCAAGGCGAAACCGAGGGGUUCUGGGGCGUUGAUCAUCUGGGACAGGUGGCCGAUUUUCUGGGCUUGGAUAUCAAGCAAGACCAGGGAUUCCGAGCGGUGUUGUAAUACAGAUUACUACUAUCUUUUAACCAGCCAUCUUGAAGCAAGCAUAUGCAGUUAUUCAUUGCCCA